AUGUCACCCUCAUCCUCACCCUCACCAGCACCCUCGAUAUUCACCCCCUACCUCACGCCCUCGCUCUCCUCGCAUCUCUCGCACCUCCCACCAACCAUCUCCCUGGACAGUCUGAGCCGCACCACCCCGGCCCGCCUACAAAGGACAGCGCUCCCAAACAUCGGGGCCAUCGAGCUCGUCUCCUCGGCAAACUUCCAGACGCUCUACGACCCACUCUACACGGCCAGUUUCCCGCGCCGCGCCGAGCGCGAGAGGUCCGACUUGAUCGUUGAGCGCCUCGUCGCGCAGGCCAGAGGCGAGAGGGCGGGACUGGCGCCGUACCGGAUCGUCGGCAUCCGGGACCACGCGGGCGAAGUCAUUGGGGCGGCUCAGUUCUCUGUCCUGCCGGUUCCGCCUCGUCCAGGGGGAGCGGGACAGGGACAGGGACACGAAGCCGGACAGGGGACUACUGUGGUCUCAAUCUCAACGCCAGCCGAGGAUAGGGGUGGGGACGUUCGCGCCCGCGAGACAGCUUCUCAACUGCGGUCCAUUUCGACUUCCACGGCCAACUUCGCGGUCCCCUACCUGCAGUACAUCUACGUGAGGGCGCAGAACCGCCGCCAGGACAUGUCCGAGGUGUUGCAUGCGAUGGUGCUUGCCGUGGCGAGCGCCGACGCCGCGGUGAUGGACCUCGAGGAUGGAGUGCCUACCUUGGGAGCCGACAAUCCUUCGCGCACCGUGCCGUUCACGCUCUUCGAGACAGACCCGCCCGAUCACGGCGACGACCACGCCAGCCGUGCGUACGCGCUGGAACGGUCCAAGAUCCAUACGUCGAGUGGAGGCGUGGCUCUCGUUCUGCGACGUCCAAAACGCUGGGAGGGCAGGUCGGACGAUAAUGGGGCGGAAGAUGAGAUCCUCUCCGCGCACGUCCAACCAGGGCUUGAACCCGCCGAUCCGCCGUUAACGCUGGUCUGGGUGAUCCGGCCUUCGCCAAUAUCCGUGCCGGACAAAGACUACGAUCUCUCGAGGAUGGGCGCGGCACUCAUUGCUGCCUAUUACCAAAGUCUCCGAGACGAAGGCUUUCCGGAGAAGAACAUCCGACUCGCAGAAAGAAUCCUUGAGCAGAGAUGUAAAGGGAGUACUUUCGGAUUGACACCGCUCGCAGAUGUCAAGGACUUUAGUAUGGAGAAGGGAUAUCUGGAUAUCCGAGAAGCUGACUGA